AUGGCAGCUGACUAUUAUAAAAACCACCCUUAUAACCGGGGUUCGUCAAGACAUCAUGGCCCUCCGGCGGGGCAACCCGUACCCGGUCAAGGCUAUGGUCCUGGCUACUAUUCGCCCGGUCAGGAUAACGACGCAUCCUACAGUGAUUCAAGACCAAAAGAAGGCGGCCGACAUAGGCGAUCUCACUCGGCUGGGGGAGAAGGCAGACAUCGCGGAAGGAGCAGAUACGACGAAUACGAUGAAGAGCCUCGCCGUAGCAAACAUCGCCAUAAAAACUCAUCGCGCUAUACACACUCGGUGUCGCCUCCAUCGCGGUCGCCUAGCCCCUUGCGCCCACGGAAGUCACUAGGCGAUCACGCCUUGGAAGCCCUUGGCCUCACAGGAGCUAUGGAUGACGCUCGCAAGCAUGGCGACCGUGGCCAACGUCGUCGGCACGAAUACGAUGAUGACCACAGAGAUCGUAGGAGUCAUAACCGUCAUCGUUACGACUAUGAUGACCGUCGUCAAGAGUCAGGCCGUGGCAAACAUCGUCGCAACAGGAGUAGUUCAUCAGACCGUCGGGGUCACGGGUCUAGAGAUGAUCCAAACAAGACUCUACAGAAUACUAUUACUGCUGCCUUGACUGCAGGAGUAUUAGAAGCCUAUCGCGCUCGCAAUGAGCCGGGAGACUGGACUGGAGAAAAGGGAAAGCGUGUGCUCGCCGCCGUUGCCAGUGCUGGCGGCACCGAAAAAAUGCUCGACCGCGGAGGUGCUAGCAAAUCUACCAAGAGGCAUAUUAUAGAGUCCACCUUGGCUGGCCUUGCAACAGGCCACCUAGUUGGCGGUGGUGACUCGGGGCGGCACCGCUCACAUUCAGAGCACCAUGGGAAAGCAAGCACUGGUGCCACCGCAGCACUACUUGCUGCUGCCGGCAAGAAGGCCUUUGAACAUUAUCAAUCUAGAUCUCGUGAUUCAGGAAAGCAUGAUUAUUACAGUGACGAUGAUCGGCCAGGCAGGUCUGGGCGAUCGAAUCGGAAACGAAGUAAGAGUUUGUCCGACUACGUUGCCAAAGGCAUGGCUACUUUGGGACUAGACGAGCGCGGCCGUGACAGUGGUCAUAGCAACAGUCAUGGCAACAGUCAUGAUAACAGCCAUCGAAGACGCCGAAGUCGAUACAGCAGUCCUCCAUCCGAUUAUGAAUCUGACUAUUCUGAUAGACCUCGCCGCAGAAAACGGCAUCAUGACCGGUACUAG